ACCACCUUGACCAACAGAGUCAUCAAGGCGCUCCCCAACUGCUGCGUGGUCCAUCAGGAUGACUUCUUCAAGCCACAAGAUCAAAUAGAAGUCGGGGAAGACGGCUUUAAACAAUGGGAUGUGUUGGACUCCUUGGAUAUGGAGGCAAUGGUGAGCACUGUGCGUGCCUGGAUUGAGAACCCAGUGAAGUUUGCCCGUUCCCACGGGGUGAAUGUUACACCCGGCUCUAAAGAGCCAGCCUCCAAAGAUAUCCAUAUAUUGGUCAUUGAAGGCUUCCUGCUUUAUAAUUACAAACCACUGAUAGAUUUAUUCGACAUACGCUACUACCUGGCAGUUCCAUACGAUGAAUGCAAAAGGAGGAGAAGUACACGUAACUACACUGUUCCUGACCCACCGGGUCUCUUUGAUGGACACGUCUGGCCCAUGUACUUAAAACACCGGAAAGAAAUGGAGGACAGCGGUGUCGAUGUCGUUUAUUUAGAUGGACUGAAGUCUAGAGAUGAACUCUACAAUCAAGUCUUUGAAGAUAUUCAGAACAAGCUUUUAAAUUGCUUAUAG